GUUUUCAUAUGAACGCUAUAAUUAUUUCAGUCAAUUUUUCACAAGUUUCUUAUAGUUGGUCACUCUUUUCAAACCUGCUGGCUACUUCAAUUUUUAUUGAAAACCCUGGGUCAUCUUUACUUUUAUCAUGUAGAGAGUGAAAUAGUUAAUGAGAAACAGCCAAUUGAUCUUGAAGAAACUAGUGGUGAACUUCAGCUGGAAAAUGGGACAGCAGAGGACAAAGCCACAGAGUCUCAACAUGAAGAGGAGGCUCCAAAAGAAUCUCAGCAUGAAAGUGAUGGAAUAAAAGAAAAUGACACAGAGCCUCGACAUGAAAAUGAGGUUCCUGAAGCUGAUGUAAAAGAACCUGAGAAAGCUGUUGAUGAAAGUGUGGCUGUGAAUGAAAAAGCUGAGUCUGAUAAACAUAGUGAAACUGAGGAGGAGAAUGAGAGUGAUGGCGACUCGGAGUCUGAUAGUGAUGAGUAUACAACAGGAGAAUCUGGGUCAUCAGAGUCACAUAGUGAUGGCAGUGAAAGUGAAGGGGAGGUCAGUGUAUCUCAAAAUUUGCUGUGGGAAUUUUGCCCCAAAACACCCACAAGCUGCAGCCCUAGUCAAAGCUCUUGGGACACUAACUUAAUGAUGCAUUUUCCCAACCCCUCCCCCCAUCGCAGUGUUGAUGUUAUGCAUUCAAGUCUUUUUCAACAUGAUCGACAUUGCUUGGGGGAAAGUAGAAAUGGUUCUUACAACAACCUUUCCAAGCUUUUAUCAGAAGUAGAAUACAAGUUAAUUUAGCAAAGUGUGUCUUUGUACGUCGACCUUAUUUCCUCAAGUGUCCCAAGAUGUUUUGACCAGGGUUGUGUUUGUUACAGGUCAAAAUUAAGUGAUCCAUAAUUCAUACCUGCAUGUCCCACAUCUCAGAUGACUAAAUUUCCUAAAAGAUGUACCAAUCAUGCCUAGUAUGCAUCCAUUUGGAUGCACAAACUUCUUCUCUGUCCACUGUAAGAAGGAUCCAUCAUAUGUAUUCUUCUUUCAUCUUACAAAUUAAGGUAGGACUCCUAUUCUUUGGCCUCUGAUUCAUAGUUUUAUAGCUGUGUGAGUCCCAGGAUUCACUAUUAUAGCUGUGUUCUAGAUGGAUCACUGUUUACUUUUUGUCUCCAUUAAAUCAGGAAAGCGAAGAAGAGGGGAAAGAUAUUGAUCAAGAAGAAGAUGUUGUUGUAGAAGAAGACGAAGUAGAAGAAGAUAAAACUGAGAAAGAAAAACAGGAAAAUGAAUCGGUGGAAGAAGAGAGAAAAAAACACUCAAAAGAACAAGAAAACAAACAGGUGAUUGGAUCAAUUGAUAAUUUAACUGUUAAGCUAAGGACAAAUAAUGCUUAUUUUGUUUCCAUGGGUGGUCUCCUUUUUGCCACAUUGCUGGGGGACACAUAGAAUCACAUUUGCAUUUGCAAAUGGGCAAUGUGAUACAUGUAGCAAAAAAUAUUUUUUUCUAUAGGGCUAAUAAUCUGAAAGAAAUAGUACAACUUUACUCGCAGGGUCCAGUUUCCUGGGUUAAAGGGGGAAAUUUUAAGUCAAGAUUUUCUUGUCUAGAAACAGGUCACUGGAGAAUGUAAUAAUUAUUAACUUUUAUUCUGAGGUCCAAACAAGAAACAAUCUGUACAAAGGUAAAUACUCCAUGUCAUUUGUUGUGGAUCAAAAUUUUAACCCUGGAUUAGCCUUUCCUGAACCAGGCCCUGAUUGUUGAAGAACCUAAAUGAAACACACUAAAUCAACUUAACAGGUUGUUUUACUAACCCAGGAGGAUGUUUCCCAAAACGCCUGGUAAUUUUUGUUCCUGAGCUUUGAAGGAUGUUUUAUGUUUGCCAUGUUUCAAGAACGAGUUAACAGUAGAUAAUAACAAAGUUCUGAAAAUGUUUUUCUAGUGCAUUUUGCUUGUCCUUAUGUCAAAAUAACGUCAAACAAUUUUCUGUAUUUUACUAAGGACCUAAAUUUUACAACUUGUUGAAAAAUGAGAUCAUCAAUAAUCCUCACCUGUCUCCUGUAAAAAAAAAAGCACAUGUAAGGCAUCUUUAAUUAUUAUUAUUUUGUAAUACAAUUUCCUUUGACAUUGUAAUAGUGUAUCCAUCACCAUAAUAGAGAGAUAAAGAGCCACGUUUAUGUCAAAUGCCAAACAUCAGAUUAAAAUGAGAAUUUCUCCGAAUAGAAAAUAAGCAGAUAAAACCUGCCCAGAAAAAUUAUUCUUACGGAUAAAACUGGCGUGAAAUGACUUUUUUUGAAUAGAAGUAAUAGGCAGUAAACAACAAUUAAUGGCCUGUUUAUAUGAUAGUGGGACCCCAGAUAGGCAAGGUAUCAUGCGGGGGAUUACCCCACCUAUCAUGUAAACGUGAUCAAAUUAAAAUUGGAGAGUAUAUAGACUGGCGGGUUACCCCACCUAAGCGGGUCCCCCACCUCCAUGUAAGCGGGCACUAAAGGAAAACUUGGUCACAUGGUACAAACUCACAUUUGCUUUUUGGCGUAAACAUGACUCUUAAUCUCUCUAAUUUGAACAAUAAUUAAUUAUAAUAAUUAGUAAUCAGUUAUAAUUAUUAUAUCUAUAAUUAUUAUAACUAAUGAAUUUAUUAUAGUAAUUAUAACUGAGGAGGCCUAACUAACAAGCUACAUAUACUAUAGUUUCCUUUAGGCCUACUUUUUUCCUUUGUUAUGAUAGUGUUAUCUGUGGUGUGGUAAAUAAAACAAAUAGAAUAAUAAAUAUGUAAUAAGCAUUGAUAUUGUAAGGAGAAAUAAGAUACUGGUCACUAUUUAAGGUUAAGGAGUUGAUUCUUGUAUGGCAGUAGAAGGUAAGAAAAUGACAACAGUUACAUUGUAUUUAACAGAAGUUUUAUUAUACAUGUAUUUUUGUAGGUGAUUGAAGAAGAAGGAAGCAACCCAGCUUUUAUUCCACGAAGAGAUGCUUUCUGGGGCCAUGAUGAUAGAUGGUCAGACAUGCCUGAUGAGGACAGGUACAGAAUGAUAUAACAGUUUGUUUGAGUCAGUGUGUGUAAAAUGAAUACAGUCGACUCUCUCUUAACACACACCUCUAAUCUAUAAGACAGACACCUGGGGUGCUUACCAUUUGACAGAAAAAUGCGCUUGGGGUGUCAAAAGCAUAAUGGUAAGCAAUUUACCAGUUGACCACAGAAUUGCCACAUCCACUACGGUUUGAAUCCAAAAAAGGGGCGAAUUUGUGUGGCAUGAGUCUGGAACCGGGAAGGAACCAAGAAAUUGGUAAAUGUUGAGCAACAUUCCAAUUGGUUCGUACCAACUGGAAUAAACAGACCACCUCAAAACAUACAUUGUACUCCUCAAUUUUUAGUUAGAAUUUCUGAAAAGUGACCUUUCAUCUGGAAUUUCCGAAAUUUUCUGUCAAAUGGAGUUAGUCCCUGCCUUUCUUUACUCCCUUUAUUUGACCUUCUUUAAAACAGACAUUACUCCUAGAUGGACACUUACAUGUAGUGCCAGUUGCUAAGGUGUCCGUCUUAGAGAGAGUUGACUCUUAUUACAGACUUGCAGGCUUUGUUAAGACAGAGGGGUGUCGUGCAUUGUUACAGUCAAGCCAGGUCAAGCAUAUUCUCUAUUUAGUUAAUUAAUGGUGAUAGGACUGAGUGGAGUCCAAUUCGGUCUGUAAUCAUACGAGUGGUUGACAAAAUCGGACAAUAGCAUAGCUACAUGUACUGUAUUUAACAAUGGGUUUGAAACUGUUUAUUUUUGUGUCCUUAUUGGUGUGGUCAGGAGAAAGCCAACAACUCGUCAGUUAUGGGAUAAAACAUCAGACAGAUGGGAACAUGACAUGUACAGAGAGGACGAGCAAGGUCCGAAAACAAAAGAAGAGCUUGAGGUUAGAAGUUCUAAGAGUAUAUAAAAAAAUAUUAAUAAUAACUGGUAUUAAUUAUUGGAUGCCGCUUUAGUAUAAUAUGAAGAAGCUUGAGCUUGACCCGCUUGAGGCAGAUGUUGUUCAUUCAAAAUAUUUGCAACCUCAAGACAUCUUUGCUCAAUUUAUGUAAACAGGGCUUGUUUGAGUCGUGGAAAACCUGGAAAGGCAUGAAAUGUAAAAAUUUCAUUUUAUAGGCCUGGAAAGUCAUAGAAUUUAAUUACCAGUCUCGGAAAUCUUGGAAAAUUAAAGUUGUGUUUGGUAGAUUAGUUACAGGAUGGUGUAAGACAGAUAUUGGUAAUUAAACAGUCCAAAUGGUGCACAUUUUGGAGUUUACUGGAGGUUGUGUCUGUUGAACUGAGUUGGGUCAAAAAAUAACCUUAAACAGGAAAGUUCUGAAAAUUUUUAAAAGUGACAGCUAUUUACCUAAGGUCAUGGAAAGUUUGAAAAGGUCAUGGAAAUUCAUGGAAUUUGAAGAGCUUAAAAGAGUAUGCACCCUGGUAAAUUUUGCUUCUUUAUAACAUUUACCAGUCCCUGGUAUCACCUAGAAGUGGUCCUUGCAGAGUUGAGGAUCUUUGUAAAGUUGAAAAAUAAGAAAUCAGUAGUUUCUCUAGCAACAGAACCUUUGUGGCUUGCCGGGUGUUGGAAAAGGGAUCACCAAUACAUGGGUUCCCUUCCACAGAUAGAAAUCAGUGGGUGAAGGAGUAUAGGGUGUGUGGGGGGGAAUGUUGUGUGAAAAAUACAAAAUUAUGUGAGAAUUAUGGUUAAGCAAAGUAACUGGGGGACCAACAAACCUGCAAGGCAGUUAAGCCCGCAGUGGAGGGGAAUCCAGGUAUUAGGUGAUCCCUUCCCAACACCCAGCAAGCCACAAGGGUUGCCAGAGAAACUACUGAUUUCUUAUUAUUUAACUUUACAAAGAUCCUUGCCUUUCUUUAAUCAGACUUUUCAUAAGGUGGACACUUUUAUGUCUCUCUCACAAGUGUUCUUGUAAUUUUUUGAAUGAUAGUAACAACCAUUUUUUAUUUUUAGGCGACUUCUUGUUGGAUUGAAAGGGGAGGCGGCCGACGUGGGAGGAGAAGAUAUGACUUGCAGGAAUUUGUCAGAGGAGGAGGCCAGGGAGGCAGGGGAGGGGAGCGGAGAAGAAAUCGAAUGAGAAUGGAUGAUGAGGAAUUCCAACAAAAUGAGCGAAAUAAAGAAAACAGAGCUCCAGAGCAAAGACUGAGAAAUGACGAUCAAGAGCAGAGAAGGAGAAGACAAACCUCAGGGGAUUCAGAGGAAGGAAGUGAUACCAGGAGAAGGGGGUUUGGUAGACGAGAAAGACAACAGGACAGAGAAGGUGACGAGGGGGAAAGAUCCCGUGGGAGAAGGCAAUAUCAGGGGAGAAAUUGGGGUGAUGAAGUAGAAGAGGGUGAUGAGGAAGUGCAAGAACGAAAUGAAAGAAAUCGUAGAAAUAGAAGGGGUUAUGAUAAUAGGGGGAAAGAAUAUGAAGAUGAUAGAAAGCAACGUUACGACAGAAACAGGACUAAUGAUGGGAGAAGGCAUGAGCAUGCCAGAAGAAGGGAAGAUAACGACACAAGAACUGAUUAUGGAAGAGGAGAGGAUAGGAGGUCAAGGGAUAGAAAUUAUGAGGAAAGAAAUGAUGAAAGAUAUAGUAGUGAUCCAAGCAGACGAUUUGGUGAGGGAAAGAGAAGCGACUGGCAAGACAGAAGACAGGGUAAAGAAGAGAGAGGAGAUCAGAACAGGAGAGGUACUGGAGGAUUUGGGAGUCCUGGGAAUGAAAGGUAUGUUCAUUAUAAACAAAUAAAACUAUUGUUAUUGAGGAGUUAACAGUAUGUGGAACUGUUAAAACCCAGUAUUUAAAUUAUUGUUUAACCCAUUCGCUCCUGGAGAUUUUGCCGAAAAACGCGUUUUGAAGCUAGUCGAGUGGUUUUCUGGUCACUGUCGUGCUAUAAAGAGCUAAAACUUACCACAAACCGGUUUACAGGUCGUACACUUGGCGGCCUUCUGAUCCAGAUGCAAAAUAUCAGCUUGCGAAGUUCGGGCAUGCGCAGAAAGCAAAAUUUCCCUUCUUUUUUGGCUUUUCUUGCCUCAUUUUUUUUUUCUCUUGCUGGGCAUUUAGUAGGCUUCAUUUUGGUGGGAAGAGUUUCUAGGAAAGCUUUUAGGAUCUUAGAAUUAGGUGAAAGGAAAGGUAGGUGGGUAAUGGAACAAGAUUUUCAUGGAGAUUUUCAGGUCCUUGUCACGUGGUUUUUUGCUUCUUUCUCCGGUGUCCUUGACUGAAUGGUGCUCAUUCUGGUAUGGUUUGAAAGAUCUCUUCACUCUACACAAGUUAGCGAAGAAAGUUGUCCUUGACCGUUAAAACUGAUGACGUCACAAAGGGUAGAAAGGACCUUGAUCCGCACGGGCGGUUACGGGCGGUUCAGGGGCGAAUGGGUUAAUCAAAAAACCUAAAAAUGGCCUUUUACCAACUUUUUCACCUGAUUUUACAUGAAAUAGACAGAUUUGGUUGUUUUAUGCUGAAAAGUGGAUUUUUUUCAAAAAGCUUGGUACUCUGCUUAACCCAUUCGCUCCUGGAGAUUUUGCCGAAAAACGCGUUUUGAAGCUAGUCGAGUGGUUUUCUGGUCACUGUCGUGCUAUAAAGAGCUAAAACUUACCACAAACCGGUUUACAGGUCGUACACUUGGCGGCCUUCUGAUCCAGAUGCAAAAUAUCAGCUUGCGAAGUUUGGGCAUGCGCAGAAAGCAAAAUUUCGACAUAGUUUUUGGGUUUAAAAGUGACACAGCAGUCUUGACUUUUACUUUUCGCUUUCUCUCCUCCCUUCUUUUUUGGCUUUUCUUGCCUCAUUUUUUUUUUCUCUUGCUGGGCAUUUAGUAGGCUUCAUUUUGGUGGGAAGAGUUUCUAGGAAAGCUUUUAGGAUCUUAGAAUUAGGUGAAAGGAAAGGUAGGUGGGUAAUGGAACAAGAUUUUCAUGGAGAUUUUCAGGUCCUUGUCACGUGGUUUUUUGCUUCUUUCUCCGGUGUCCUUGACUGAAUGGUGCUCAUUCUGGUAUGGUUUGAAAGAUCUCUUCACUCUACACAAGUUAGCGAAGAAAGUUGUCCUUGACCGUUAAAACUGAUGACGUCACAAAGGGUAGAAAGGACCUUGAUCCGCACGGGCGGUUACGGGCGGUUCAGGGGCGAAUGGGUUAAACAGUAUUUAAAUUUCUUUUUUAACAAUAAGAGGACUGUCAGCAAGAUUUCAAGUAGCUGACUAUAUGCAAUUAGAAGGCAGAGAAUAGGACGAUUGCACGAUGACGAUAUUUGACUACAACUACCAGAAUUCAUUUCGGUUUUGCUUUGUUUAAUAUUUAAAGUUGUCAAUCCCGCUGAGGAUUAAAGAACAAUAGCCUUAAUUUGCACAAGAAAACAACAAACUCAAGGAUUCUGGUAGUUGUGGUAAAAUGACGUCAUCGUGUGAUUGUCCUAUUGAACAGCUAGAAAGUUUUUUUGGUUCUAUUUUCUUUUUACUUCCUAUGAGAGUAGCCGGGGUCAUGGAUAUGGUAGCUGAGGUAAUCCCCAGCCUCCAGCUCUUAGUGACUUCCCUGUAAUAAUACUAUUCUCCCUAGCAUACGUGCUUAUCCCCACGAAAGUCACUUUAAGUAAAACACAGCAGGGAUUUCAACUAGACAGUCAAACAAGUAUAGUGUACCCUGAGUGUAAAAGUUCUGAAAUCCUUUCACCUGUAAGCCAGGCUUUCACUUAAGAGCGGCAAGGACAAGCCCAAGUAUUUCACUGUGAAAACAGGCCCAAUCAAUUUUUUCAUUUUGAGGGGACCUACAUGCACUAAAAAUUCUUGCCUCUUUGUUAUGUGUCGAAAAUGGACUGAAUCACAAGUCUGAGGCACUGUAUUAAGCUUGGCCUAUAAAAUCACCUGUUCCUGGAUUGCAUUCUGACCGUUUUGGCAUAAAACAAGAUGGAGGUGUUGCGCACAUGUUGCAUGGCAUUCAGAAUGUAUCACAAGAAGUACCUAGGGAACAGUGUGGCAAAUUUGCAUGUUGAUGCUCUUGAAUAUUAGGAAAUAUCUACACUCACAAAGGAUGGUAAAAUUUAGUCCACUUGCAAUGAUUUUAUGUUCCUAUAAUUUUGUUUUAACUGUGACGGAAUUACUGUAGUUUAGUUGGUAGAGCACUUGACUGUGGAGCUGUUCAAUUCCCAGGGCCAGUCCAAUACUCAGGGUCUUAAUAUAACUAGGAGAUGAAGGUAAUCUUUUCGCACUUUAAGUAGCUAGGCCUUUGCUUAGCAUGGAUGACUGAUUAUUAUUAUUAUUCUUGUAAAGAAAUGACACAAGGGAUUUAAGAGCAAGAAGAGGCCAAAAGGACGACAAUCAGGGCAGAGGUGAGGACCCUUCCCCUUCAAAUGAGAUUCAAACAAAAUCUUCACCCAGCAGUACAACCCACAGUUAUAGUAAACUCAGGGGGAGGGGAAGGGGCAGAGGCCAGGUUCAGGAGCUCAAGAAGCCAAGGAAAAAUGCAGCAGAUUUUACACGGGAGCGAGAAGAAGCUCGGAAAAGGGAAGCACAGGAAAAGAAGAAACAGGAGGAAGAGGAGCACUUUGAGGGUGAGUGGAAUGUUUCCAUUAGCAUUUCUUUUCUUUUGACUAAAUUACUGUGACAUAACAUUUAAACUGUUGCUUAUAAGUCCCAGGGCUUAUAUCCUAGGUAGCUUGUAACUGGAAUAGAAAAUUGAAACAAGUUUCUGUUAUAGCAGUGCUGAGCGAAAUAGUAUGUUUUUCAUUCAUUGUUUUUUACACUUCAAAACUAGGCAUUUGUACAUUAUGGUUGCAUUUUUUGAGUAUUUUAGUGAAGCAAAAGCAUUAAUAAGCACUAUUCAAGCAUUUUAGUGGCAUUUUCCCUGGAUUUUUCAGAGAAAGUAAAAAUAAGGGUUAAUUGUUUGUUUUUUUUACGCGUAAAAAAAUUUUAAAGCUUUACCUCAGCAACUUUAUGUGGUGCUGAAGCUGUUAUUUAUUUUGUUGAUUAUUGCUGUCUUGUUUAUUAUAAACAAUUGUUGGAUGAGGUUUUUGUGAUAUCCCGAAUAAUCAAAGUCGAUGUAAGUGUUAUCAGCUGAGCUGAAGGUUAAUCUGUUGCACUUAUUUCCAAAAUUAACAGUAGGCUCUUAGCCAAUGAGAAGACAAAUGGUGAGUACAGUGUAUAAUAUUUUCUAAAAUUCUUUGUAGAUGCUGAAGAGGCUGAUGGAGAAGUAGUAGAAGAAGAAGAGUAUAGUGAAGAUGAGCAGAAUGAAGACUUGGCACAGCAGGAGGAGCAGCAAGAGGAAACAGAAGAAUAUCAUAUGGCACAGGAGGUGAAAUUUUACAUUCCUUUUUUUCCAAGCCAUUCAUUUAUUUCUCCAUCCAUGCAUUUAUGUCUCCACCCAUUCGUCUGUCCGUUCGUCCGUCCGUCCUUCCAUCUGUCUGCUGUCUGUCUGUGCUAUCCAUCCCUUCCCAUCCAUUCAUUCACCCAUUCACCCAUAUCUUACAUCCCAUUCAUCUGUUUGUCUGUACAACCAUCUCUCCAUCAUCCAUCUCUGAACGCUGUGCUCUAAGGACAAAUACAGAGAACCCUCAAGCCCUGAGGGUGCCCAACAUACAUUACAUUUGGUGUAAAACCUAAGGUUUUCUGGUUGCCCAUAGGCAAAUGUCGGCUACCAGGGGCCACAUUAUGUCUCACGACAUGAUGAUCAUCUAGCCUGCAUAACAGACGCUUGUCAGUAAUAUGCAAGCAAGAACAGGACACGCAACAGAGACACACAAGGGGGGAGGGAACACCUGCUUGAUUAGCCCAUGACUCCUUCUCCCCUCCCAUGUCUCCUAAUUUAAUCUUGAAAAACUAAGACAAGCCGUCCAAUUUUUGGCUCUAAGUUAUGGAAUGAGAUACCAGGUAGAAUGAGAGAUAUGUCAAAAAAUUGUUUAAAUGAAAAUUAAUCAGCGUGCUCUUUGAUAUAUCAAAAGACAAAGAUAAUUACCCUGAUGCAAUCAUGAUAAUGCAAGAAAUAAAAUCACGAAAUCCUAAACCUCAGCUUCUUUACAACUUGCAUUAAACAGCUGAUUUGUCUAUCUUGCAUUUGAUGUUAUUACAAAUAUUAAUUUUUUUCUUUUCUCUUCUUUUACUUAAUAUAAAUCAGGUGAUAUCUGUUUGUAAUAUAGCUGAUUUGGCAUGCCACGACUAACGUUUAGGCAAACUGUGUGCCAAGAAAUUGUAAGCAAUAUUAACAUAAGAAAUGUCUUGUCUUGUCUCUCCCGCACACCCUGUUCUUUCUUGCGGCCAUUAAUUCCAAGCCCCUGUCUUGCAGGCUACUAGCCAUCCUACUCCUCUGCCUCACUUGCUUCCAUCACCCUUUCACUUUUGAAGUACAUGUAAGAAGUUCAAUCAAAACUUUAAGAUUAAUUAAAUGUAUUUAAAAACUCAUGCAUCAAAAUAAUACCUCACAAAAGUACCUCUGAAGUGGUUUCAUUAAUUCCUAAAACUGGUUACACCAUGGAAUUUAGUCCCUGACUCAUAACUGACUAGCUGAUUAAAAAUAUUUUAUCAGUUACAAUUUGUCUUCCAUUUACCGGUAAUAACUUGGUGCAUGUAUAUAUGCUACCACAAUAUUUAUGGUUAUGCUUCAGUGUAUGCUGUAUUAUUUAAUUUAUUAUAGGUAGUUGAAGAAGAGACAUCUGUUGGAGAAGCUGUGCAGGCUGGUUAGUUGAAUUUAAAAAAAAAAAAAAAAAAAACAAUCAUACUCUUAGUCUCUAGGUCUUCUUUUUAAGCUUUUGCUUUGUUAAUGAGGCUGAAACCAUUAAUUUUUUGUUGGAUUGCACGCAUUUUAGGCAUCCUGCAGAUCAACAGUUGCAACAGUUAGAUAUUUGCAGGAGGAACAAUCGAUUAUAGUUUACUCCCUUUCAAAUUAUUAAUGAAAUAUAGAAACGUACUGGAUGUGUUUUUAUGAUAAGCAAGGUGGGAAAUGUUAACAACAAGAAAAUAAUGCUAGAGAAACAGAAACUACAGGCAAGUACAUCUUACUUUUCUCAAGACAUUUUUUUUAGUGUAUUUAACAGUUUCCAAUAGAGUGCUUAUAACAGUCAACUAUGAAGAGAAACAAGCUUGUUAAAUCGUUUUUUAAAUGGCCCAUGUGCCUGUUUGUAGUUAUGACAUAGGCUGCAUAGAUAAUUCUGACCCUGUUAUGUCAAAUUUGAAUGAUUUUAGUGUUAUUGCUUUAAAUAUUGGUGAAGGUAAAGAAGAUUCAUGUUUAUUUGUUUGUUCAUUCCUUUACUUUUUCACUCACAAAAAGUUACUUCACUGUCUUGCAGCUGAAAAGCAGAAAAAGUCUUCUAAAAAGCCAGAAAGUAAAAAAUCAAAACAAGUUUCCCCCAAAAAGGAAGCUGGUAUGCCAGGUGUACCAAGUCCAGGGCCAUCGCAAAGUGUGCCUACAACUAAACCCAAACGUUAUUCUUCACAACGACAGCAGCGCACCACACAACAGAUGCCGGUUUCCAUGCAACAAGCAAUGAUGUCGCAAAUGGGGGCGGUCUACCCUGACCCAGCUUAUUUUGAGCAACUAGGUGAGUUUCUUCUUUAUACAGUUUUAACUCCGUUUGAUGACUACUCAAACUGGGAAUACUUAGUAGUUGCUUAUGGAAGGUGGUCAUUUACAAGUUAGAGUUGAACCACGGGGGGUCUUUUACAAGAGGAGGCCCAGACACAUCUACUUCAUGGAAGAUAAUUUAUUGCAUACAAUUUCCAAGUUGCUAUAUGUCUAGUACCAUGUUUUUGCUGAAAGUUAUUCUUAUACCGUAAAAUUCCAAAAAUAAGCCCCUCCAUUUAUAAGCCCCUCCAAAAAUAAGCCCCCCAAACUGGUAACGCAAAAAACCCUCCAUUAAAUCGCCCCUCCAAAAUUAAUAUAAGCCCGCCGGGAGCUUGUACUGGGAAAAUUGCCCUCACAUACAAAGUAAAACAAAGCAAAACGGUAAAUUUACUUCUAACUAUAAGGCUAGCCCAAUCGAUUUUUAAACGCAAAUUUCCACUCUGUAUAUAAGCCCCUCCGAUUAUAAGCCCCUCUAAAAAUAUGCCCUCAAAAAGGGCCUUUGAAAAAUAUAAGCCCAGGGCUUAUUUUUGAAAUUUUAUGGUACUCUAUGUAGCAUAGUAAAUACAGCGGACAUAGAGAUCAGACAAUGUGUCAAGGCGUCGUGUGCAAGAAGUUAAAAACAAUGGAAAAUUACUCAACCGUCAGCGCUGAAACAUUGUCGCAGCUCCUUACAAGAGGUGGUUGUUUACGGGAUGUUCCAACUAUAAAGUUUUGUACUGGGAAAUUUUGGUGUUUUUGAUAGGUGAUAGCAUAAUUAAUUGAGUGGAAUGGUUAUGAAACCCGUCAGACUCCUUUGUUAUAUGUUUCUGUGGACCUGGAAGGUUGAUUGUAUUGACCAAUAUUAAAACAUUGCAUGGAGGUUUGACUGUAAUUUCAGGAAAUUUGUUUUUUUAUCAUUGCCGCUUUUCAUAACCAGUCUCCUCUAAUUUACAGGAUGAAACAACAAAAUUAAUUUGUUUUGAAAAAAAAAAACUUAAUAAGUAAAUUCAUGAGGGGUUGUUAUGACAUCUUUUAAAACUCCCUUAUCUUUUGCAAAGCUCAGGCUACUGACCUUCAGGCUUGUAAACUGGAUCAAAACUUUGCCCUUAGGAUAAACAAGGUUUCGUAUUUUUAUCUCGCACUUUAAAGGCAAAGACUGAUAAUUAACACUUGUUUCCAUUUUCUUCUUUGCAGCCUAUCAAGGUUUGUAUGUUCCAGCAGGGACCCCUCCGGCACAACCUGUUGGUGUCCAUGUUCUGCAGGAACAACCAGAUGUCAUGCUGAGACAGGACAUGGCUGUUACACCUGGUAAGGACCCACAAGGAACCUGAUCCCAUGGCCUGUUUCUCGAAAGUACCAUCACUUUACAGGCACAAGUCUCUUUCUAAAGCCAAAAUCCAAAGAAUUUUAGUGCAGUUUCUCAUUCCCUAUCCAGUUUAUUUUGUUUUUCUGACUGAAAGUUGUAUUCCACUACUUACAAAUUUAAACGUCCUUCUAGACCUGGUAAUAUUAUUUCCAAGACCUCCUAAUAUGGACUUCAGAGGAGAAUCCCUUGAAACCAGUUAUUGUUGUUUCUAAGAAGUAGAAAUGGAUACUCUAGCAGUGGCGCAUUUCAAUUUGUAUUGAGUAUGCGUCAGUGAAUUUUCCAAUGCCAGCGUGUAAAGAAAGUCAGUUUUACAGCUUGCCAUUUGGGCAAGCUGUAGUUAGCAUGUACUAGUUCAAAAGUCAUCUUAACUAGCCUGAUGAUGAGCAGGGUUGAUAACAGUUCUUUUGUGAUUAGAAUUCCCUAAAAAAUUUCACUUGCCAGGCGGGCAAGUUAAGAACAGAAUUCACUUGCCUGAUAGUAAAAUCCACUAGCCUCGGGCUAUUGGACAUGACUUUCUUUGCGCGCUGAAUGCAGACAUCCUUUUGGCAUAGUCCUUUGUACUUGACACCUAACAGGCUACAACCUCAGACAAACUUUCAAGGCAGUUCCAUCUCUUUAGUUUCUUUUUAUUGAUAAUGCAUGAUUCUUCUUACUUACUACAUUACCUUCAAAUGAGAACAAAUUUACCCUCUUCCUCUCAGUGUUGUUAUGGUCUUAAAUUAUGUGUGACGCAAAGCAACAUGAACGGAUAAGAUGGGGGGAAAUGACCACUUUUCAUUUUAGUCAUGCGACAGGAAAUACCGUCCAACCCUGUUAAUUCGGGUACUGAGGGGGCCACAGAAAGCGUCCAUAUUAAUGGGGUGUCCAUAUUAAGUGGGUUGAUUUUAGUAAAAAUGUAAGGGCUCUCUUUCCCCAGGGACUGAGCGAGCUGUCCGUAAUAAUGAGGUAUCUGUAUUGAGUGGGUGUCAUUAAAGCAGGGUUUGACUGUAGUAGAAAGUUUUCAAUGUCUCAACUAGUUCUGUACAUGGUUGCACCAUUAGUAUCCUCUGACAGAGAUUGCUUGACGCAGAUUGUGUGAUGCAGAUUGUGUGACAUAGCCCUAAGAGCAUCUGCAUGAGAGGCUAAAAGUUACCAACCAACUUUCAUGUGAAAUUUAAUUCAAUUGCCUGUGAUAAGGUGAAAACUGACCUCUGUAUAAUCUUAUAGGAGACCGGCCUGAAAUGGCUGCCGGGAUGCCAAUGGCUAACCCUAGUCCGCAACCAAUGGGAGCUCUUCAGCAUGAGACCAUGAUGCAACAACAACUAGCUGCAGCAGCAGCAGCUGUCGCAGCUCAACAGAGUGUAACCCCUGAGGGUGUGGCCACCCCCAGAGUUCCACAACCUGCUUUGAGCCCUCAACAACAACAAGUUUUAGCAGCACAUUUACAAAUGCAGGCUCAACAAGGUUUGUACAGUGUUAUGUGUUAUUGACCAAGGUUGUUUACCAUUUACAAAUUUAAAGUUUCUGGAAAAUGCGGUUAGAAAGUAAAUAGAACACUACUUUUUAGGUCGUUCCAUGGGAAAAUUCCCAGGAGCAAUGGAACGUGUGAAAAGGUAGUUUUUCCAGAUGGAAUGCACCAAAUGGAAAUUUAUGUUCUUUUUCCUCAAAGCAUAUUUGAUACCAUUUUCGGGCCUUCGUGGCCAUUUUCAGGUAAACGGAACUGAUUUGUACAAAUGGUAGACAGGAUUCCAGGAUGAAAUUUAUCAGUCCUGAAUUUUGCUUACCAUUUGCCCAAACCGAGAACUGACAGGUUUGCCCAUGUAAUUUGGAAAGCAACCCAAGUGUGAAGUUAAGGUGGCCGGAUUCUGGCCAAGUUCUUUCUUGCAUAUUUAUGGACUGAGAUGAAGUAAAUACAAGGGCAAACAUUAAUAAAUUAAUAAUUAAGUUUUAAACGUAUUAUUAUUAAAACACAAAAAAGAACGAGGCCAAUAUCAAGUUAUCUUGUCGGAAUAAGCUUGCCAAUGGGAUUUAUCAUACGAUCAAAAAGGUAACUUUUUUGUGGACCAACUUCGGUAAUGUGCGGCAGGUGCAAUGGGCCCAUUUUGCCCGCUCAGGUAGCCAAUCACAACACAGUAUUCACUUCAUCUUGCUUACUCACCAUUUCAGCCAUGUAAUAAUAAUAAGUAUUGCUGACGUAUGUCAGUGAGACGCCACAUUUUAUCAUAUAUUGUAAGUGUGAAAGUUUCUUAAACUUCGUCACCAACAAAUGAGUUUGGGGAGAAGUGAGAAACCCAAAAACUACUGGUUAAAUUGUUUUUUUUUUCUUUAGGUAUACAAGCUGCUCAGCUAGGCCCAGUUCCCCAGCCCAACAUGGUGACAUCAGCUGGUUAUGUUCCCAAUUACACUGGGGUCCAGUCCUUUGCAGGCCAGCCCUUGAUGUACAAUAAUUCACAGUGAGUCAAUUGCUAACAACUAGGUGUAGUCCCCUCGCUUGUGCAUUUAGUACCUUUCUUGAAAUGUAACCAACCAUAGAGAACAGAACUAAGAUGAUUAGGGGACGGGCCAUUAAUUUUUUGACUCGGGGUGGGGGGUGGAAAAUUUUGAAAUAAAUUGUUUGCAGAGGCUGUUAACACUGAAAUAAAUUGUAUGCAAGAAAAAAAAUGUUUGCAGGAAGACGGAAACACACAAAAAAGUUGUUUGCAGCAGAAGCCACAUAUAAAAAUAAUGUUUGCAUGUGAAAAUUUUUCACAUGCAAAAAAAAGAAUGGUCUGUCACGUCAAGGACUUGUUAAACUUCCUUGUAGGUCUCUUUACUCGUUCAAUAAUCCUUAGGUAUUGGACCAUUCAGUAAUUUUUGCAUAGGAAAUUGGAGCUGAAACUAAGCUAUGAUUAUGACAUUUACAUGUAAGGACACUCAUUAAACAUGAAUUUCUUUGUAUUUUCCUCAUGAAAACUCAAACUGUGUAAAUUUUAUUAUUUAGUUGAGCUAUUUUGGUUGUGCUACGUGACUGUACGAUGCAGUUCAGUAAUACGUGUGUUCAUUUGAGAUUAUGUGACUGCACAAUGCAGUGGUUAUGUCAGCCCACAAAUGACCUGCUAAUCACUAGAGUUCUCAGUAGCUCAGUGGUUAGAGCAUCUGACUGUUGUCUGGAAGGUUGUGGGUGCAAUUCCCAUCUGGAACUCAGAAUUUUUUGUGUUCUUCUCUCUACUCAUGUCAUUCAAGUUACUGGUUGUGCUUUUCCUUUCAGAUUUCCAAUGAUGAAUGUUGGAAUGAAUCCUUUCUUGGGUCAACAAGUGAGUUACAUCAGCAGUUUAUCUUCUGCUUUAUGUGUAGUUUAUUUUUAAGUAAUAUCACAGAUAAACUGUACCAUGUGGAACAAAUCUUUUACCUGGUUUGGUAACAUUGUACCGCUAGCCAUGCAAGCAGAAUUUUGUUUCAAACUGUAGUCUAUUUCUUUCAUGUUCGUUGUGAAAUUUAGGAGUCUUUUUUCAAAGUGUCAUGCAAAAUAAAAUUCGGGGUUUAAUUCGAUUUUGAGUGCCCUUUUUCCCAUAGGAGGCUACAGAUGUUUUUAUGUCAAUGUCCUAAAAAUUAACCUCAAGUAAUGACCCUAGCCAAUCACAGUUUACUUGAGUUUUACGCUUGGAAUUCAAAUGGACCAAUCAGGUGUAACCGUUAUGUCGCCGCUGCUAAGCGCGGGAAAACACGCGUAAGCAGGUCACAUGAUCCGUUUGAAUUUUACUUCUGAUUGGUGGAGACAGCGGCGCGACGUGUUUCAGCUAAUCACAAGCGUAGCAAUGCAAAACCAAAGCAGUUACAAAAUUGCUCUCUUCACUUAGUUGAAAAUCGCAUUGUACUAACAGUGUCGUGUUUUUGUGCCUAGAUGUAUGGUAUGCCCAUGCAAGGGGGAGGUACAUUUUAUCCGCCACCAGCCGCAUUGAUGCAACAACAGCAGCAACCCCAACAGUCACAGGCUGAAUCGUCGCAACAACCACAUACAAGACGGCGGCCAACGGCAGCGAUACCCAUCAAACCACCGCAGGUGAGUGUUGAUUGAAUAUAUAGUUCCUGGCCACUAUCCACUGACCAGGGAGCCUGAGGGCCCUGGGUACGAAAGCGUGGUACGCCACAAGUUCUCUAAGCCUCCAACUAAGAAAGGAUAAGUUUCGUUCCCGGAGCUUUCAAGCUUAUGGUCAUUGGCCGGUCGCGAGGAAAUUCUUAGCACAUGUAAAAAAUAUAAAUAUUUUAUUGGUUCAUUAAGUGUCACUACCAGUGAAAAGAUGUUCGUACAGCCUUUCAGAUGUUAAGUUUGAAUUUAUUACUAGAACUCAAUUCAUCGUGCUUGUGCCUCAAAUUUUCUAGCUGCCGAAUGCUAUGACAUGCCUAUGUCCACUGCUCAUUGAGGCUCUGUAUUUUUGAAUUUUUCCGCUGUCCAGUUGAUUAUUUCCAUUGCAUCGGAGGCUCAAGUUUUAUAUUGUUGUUGGUGCGUAAACGUCUUUGCAGGAGUAGCCUGCGAGCGAGCUCUCCUUUUGGGGAGUCGCGAGAAGUCACGCGAGUACCGCACGCGAAAGAAGACAUGCGUGCGAGGGAUGGAGGAAGCUCCUUUUCCUCCGCCCCUCACGUCUUUGCCGCUCGCUCGCCACUCGAAAUGGAGAGCUCGUUCGCAGGCUAUUGCAAUAGUUUCAACUUUCAACUCAAUUGUUAGUAUUUGACAGGAGCUUCACUUUAGAUUCGCCUAAUCUCUCAAUUGCAAUGUUUUUGUUUUUCCACUUUGCAGGACAAAAGAACAGUGAAAUAAUAACAACAUGUCAUACCUAAUGUACAUAUUAUCAAGGGAAUUAUGGAAUCAAGGCCCAUUACUUUUGUUGUUAAUUUUGUCAAUUUUUUUUAUAUAGGAAAGGACGUGAAUGGAAUUUUCUGCAUCCGCAAAUGGAAGCACAGAGAACAGCUUGCCCAGAUGCAUGCUGGAAACGGGAGGGAAUCAGGUGACCAACUCAGGUCGAGGUCAAAGAAAUGAACGCUCCACAGAAUGCGGGCUAAAACAGGAACGUUGUCUACCAAUUAAGCAACAUCUGGACAACUUUGCUAAUUAAGUUAAAAGAAUUUUUUAUUCUUUUAUCAUUUGUUCCAGCUGCGUUUUAGCUAUUUUACAUUCCUAAGAGCCGUAAGAAUCGAAAGAGAACUGAGGGAAGGUAGUUUUUACUUUUUUCUAAAGCACAAAAAAUACACUCGCUAAAAGAGUUUUCAAAUGAACAAUAGGCUGAUUUAGCAACAGAACGGGAACGUCAGUCGACGACGGCGCGCGUAAAUCAAACAACUGUCUUGACCAAUGGCAGAGCAGCAAAUUGAGCACCGGAAGUCGUGUUUAGUUCUUUCCGCGCGCUUUCCCGUCGUCAACUGGCGUUCCCGUCCUGUUGCUAAAUUAGCCUAAUGCUGCCGUAAAUACUGUGCCUUCAAACUCCAGCAGAAAGUUAGAUCUUGGAAUUCUUAAAUUCUUGUUUGUGCAUUAUUAUAAGAGUUUCUUUUCUACCCCACUUGCAAACACGUGAAAAUAAUUUUCACAGUUGGUUUCGUUUUCGACUACUGUGCUUUCUGACUGUCUUAGAAAACUCGCGUCACGUUCACGACCAGUCAGAAGGGAAAUGAAAGUCACUCAUACCCUAAAAUUCCGAAAAUAAGCCCCUCCAUAUAUAAGCCCCUCCAAAUAUAAGACCCCCAAACCGGUAACGCAAAAAACUCUCCGUUAAAUCGCUCCUCCAAAUAUAAGCCCCUGGGGCUUGUACUUGGAAAAUUGCCCUCAAAUACAAAGUAAAACAGAGCAACAACGGUAAAUUUACUUCCAACUAUAAGGCUAGCCCAAUCGAUUUUGAAACUCAAAUUUCCCUCCGUAGAUAAGCCCCUCGGAAUAAAAGCCCCUUAAAAAAGAAGCCCCUCAAAAAGGGCCUUUAAAAAAUAUAAGCCCCGGGGCUUAUUUUUGGAAUUUUACGCUUAGUACCAGUGUUAUGUCGCCUUGGAUACUGAUUGGUCCUUCUUGCAUGCACGAGUUCUGAUUGGCCAGAGUUACGUGCGAGUAAUGGUAAGGAAAAGCGAAGGUGGUGGAACGACUAAACGUGCCCCUUCUCAAGACUGUACAGUACUUGAUAUUCAUUUUUGCUUUAAAACACUUUUAAGAACAAUUUUAUCCUUUGAAUCGCAAAUGCUGGUAUAUAUUCGUUGUGUACGUAGUGCAACUAUUUUUAUGAUGAACCAACAGUGACAUUUUAUUUUCACGGUGGAUGGUUUAUUUUUUAUGCGGAUUUUCAAUAAGCGAAGGUUUUCAGUAAUAUGUGGAAUAAGGUUACUCUACCGUACAUUUUAUUUGUGCUUUAAGUUCUCGACGUUGGUCUUUUCUGAUUUUUAGCACUUUUAUAAUGUAUCUCUGUUAGAACCAGCCUAUCAAAUCAGAUGUAUAUGACGUAAUGAACCAAUCAAAACUCAAGGAAGUAAGAUGCAAUUGAUGAUAUUUAAAGCGCGGGAAAAUGAGCGUCGGUCAAGCCGCUUCUCUUAUUACGUCAUGUCAGGUUUGCUCGUUAUUGGUGUAAAAACGGUAGUAAGUUUUUACACCUGACCGAUCAUAGGCCCUAAUGAUUUUCUUUGUUUACUGUAACCUGCGUAACAAAUGCUUGCAUUCGAGUUUUUGCGGGAAAGUUGAAGCGGAGCAAGGAGGAAGAGGAAGAAGCAAGGGGAGGGCAGGGGAAAAGAGGAAACCUUUUCCUCUUACUGUCGUCGCAACUUUCUUGAGGAACUUGUGCAGAAACGCUUGCUACGUCUGCUAUGAUGACUUGUUUACGUUCGAGUUCUCUUUGCUUUAGCAAUCCGCUUUUAUGGAAAGAAACGCCCGUUCUAACACUUACUCGACUCUCCUCUAGUUUUCGUUAAUCUGUAAGCGACAUUUUGUGUAGGUAAAC